AUGAAACUUGAAAUUGUUUCAUUUGUUGUGUGCCUUUUGUUCGGAUUUGGAUUUUGUUCUCAUCAAACUUGUCCGAUGAGAAGUAUAAUCGGAUGUGAUAAAGGAUUCACAUACUUUCAACGAAACCCAACGGAGAAAAACAAUUUCACAUCUGAAUGGUGUUUGGGAGUGUUUCCUCAAAAACAUGUGACUGAGUGCGAAGGUAGAGAGAUUUGUCAAAAUCUUGGAGCAACCAUUUCAAUGUUCGAAAAUGAAGAGGAAUUCAAAGGUAUGAAAUAUUUCUUUAUGUUUUCCAAAUAUAAUUUAUAGAAAUCGAUGUGAAUAAAUACAUUUAUGUCUUCAUUGAUGGAUAUCGUAUGCAAAGAUGCCACGAUCGUUCAAGUUAUCGUGAAUGGAAAUGUCAACCAUUGAGAGUAAUUUCCAGAACAAUUUAAAUGCAGUAUUUAUUAACUUGUUUUCAGUCUUUCCAAUUCCGAAGCAGUGCAACCGAUCCAACUUUCACACUUUCCAACUGGAGAGCAGAUGAUCCAAACUAUUUCGAGGGAAAACCUGAAGACGAGCAACAUUGUAUUUCGUUUUCUGCUGAUGGAACAAUUGAUGUUGGUUGUAAAGGUCAUGAACAAAUUAACCAUGUCCUGUGUGGGAAACCACCUAGUCAUCAGUAUUAUUAA